GAAAGGAGCAAGCCUGUGAUUUUAUUUUGACAACAGCUUCUCAGUGUUGCUAUUUUACGACUGAACGCUGUGCCAUGAACUAAACUACACACAUAUUUAUUAAGAAACUAAAUUAAUGCAGCUCAUGACCUGGGCAUCAUGAUUUAAAUCUGAGUUUAAAGUCCACAAAUCCAUCCGGCGCGGCUCGUUGCUAGGUGUUAGCCAUUAGCUUCGUAGGAGCAGGUUCAGUGUUAUCUGCUGCUGCUCCUGCGGCGGGAUGAGUUACGGAUACGGUGGUGGUGGUAGUGGAGGAGGUGGGAGGAGAGGCCGAAGAGGAGGUCGAGGGCACCGGGACGGGAGCAGAGAGAGGUGGGACAGAGAUGGAGGAGGAGGAGGAGGAGGAGGAGGAGGAGGAGGUUUCAGAGGAUCCAGAUCUGACUCUGGCCAGUGGCGAGGAGGAGGAAGAGGAGAAGAAGGAGAAGAAGGUGGACCCCGGGACCGUCCUCCUCCACAUCUGAAGGGCCGGGACAUCGGGAUGUGGUACGCGAGAUUCGGAGCCGUGAGGAGGAAACAGGCCGACAGGAGAUCGCGACCGGUGGUCCAGAUGGAUGAGGCCAGAGAGCAGCACAUUACCAAGCUGCUAAAUUCUGUCCAGUAUGACCACCCUGGUCAGGAGAGAGGCAGCAGGGGAGCGAGAGCCUCUACGUCUGGUAAUUGGCAAACAGAUGCCAACAGAAGUAGUCACUGCUACUUUGAUGGAGAAUUGCCCAAAGAGGUAAAAAAGGAGAGAGAUUCCACAUCUGAGGAGGAGGAAGAAGAAGAAGUUAGCUCGGGCCAGAAGAAAGCAUCUAACAAGAAACAUCGUAACUUAACUCCAGCAGUCGUUAAAGAUGAAAUUCCGGACACAUGGGAUGAUGACGAGCCCCAGGAAGAGGAGAAGGAGGAGAAAGAGAAACCGAGACACAGAGACAAGGAUGUAGAAUUCUUAUUCCAUGAAAAAGUCAGAGAUAGUUCACUGGACGAUUUCUUACAGAGAGAUCUGCAAAGCAAGAAAUCAGAUCCAAAGUACAAAGAAAUGCUGAAAUUCAGGGAAAAACUACCAUCUUAUCGGAAAAGAGAGGAACUGGUGGAGCUGAUCAACUCUAGCCGUGUCCUGGUUGUGAGUGGGGAGACUGGGUGUGGAAAGACAACGCAAGUCACCCAAUUCAUCCUGGACGACUACAUCAACAGAGGCGUUGGAUCGAUGUGCCGUGUCGUGUGCACGCAGCCUCGUCGCAUCAGUGCCAUCUCUGUAGCAGAGCGUGUAUCAGCAGAGAGGGCUGAAAGUGUAGGGAAUGGAAAUUCAUCUGGUUACCAAAUCCGUCUACAGAGCCGGUUACCACGGAAACAAGGUUCGAUCCUGUACUGUACAACUGGCAUUAUUCUUCAGUGGCUUCACUCAGACCCCUUGUUGUCCAGUAUCAGUCACCUGGUGCUAGACGAGAUCCACGAGAGGAACCUGCAGUCGGACGUUUUGCUAAUCAUUGUGAAGGACCUGCUCGCCCGCCGGGAUGAUCUCAAGGUCAUCCUCAUGAGUGCCACGCUCAACGCAGAGAAGUUCUCCAAAUACUUUGACAACUGUCCAAUGGUUCACAUCCCCGGUUCGACUUUCCCAGUGGAAGAGUUCCUACUUGAGGACAUUAUAGAGAUGACCAGCUACUGCCCCCAGAGUCAGGACCGUCGGCCCUCAUGGAAGAAAGGCUUUUGGCAGGGGCAGAACUCCAGACCCGAGAAGGAGGAGAAAGAGGCAGAAUACAAGGACAGUUGGCCUUGCUAUCAACGCACACUGCAGAACAGAUACUCUGAAAACACAAUUUCUACACUAGAGAUGUUGGACGGUAAUGACAAGAUUGACCUGGAGCUUAUCUUGACACUGAUCCGCCACAUUGUGCUCAAUGAUGAGGAAGGAGCGAUCCUGGUUUUCCUCCCAGGCUGGGACGACAUCAGCAAACUCAAUGAUCUGCUCAUGGCUCAGCAGAUGUUCAAAUCAGACCGGUUCGUUAUCAUCCCCCUGCACUCCCUCAUGCCCACCGUAAAUCAGACGCAGGUGUUCAAAAGGCCUCCUCCUGGAGUUAGAAAGAUAGUGAUUGCCACCAACAUAGCAGAGACCAGCAUCACCAUAGACGAUGUUGUAUAUGUGAUCGAUGGAGGAAAGAUCAAGGAGACCAACUUUGACACCCACAACAACAUCAGCACCAUGACGGCCGAGUGGGUCAGCCUGGCCAACGCCAAGCAGAGGAAAGGACGCGCCGGCAGAGUGUGCCCGGGGAAGUGCUACCAUCUGUACAACGGUCUCAGGGCCAGCCUGCUGGACGCCUAUCAAUUACCCGAAAUUAUGAGGACACCGCUGGAGGAGCUGUGCCUGCAGAUUAAGAUAUUGAAGCUUGGGUCUAUAGCUCGAUUCCUGGAGAAAGCCCCUGACCCCCCCACUGAGAGGGCCAUCAGUCUGGCCAUCAAGAACCUCGUAGACUUGAAUGCCCUGGACCACUCUGAGAAUCUGACAGCGCUGGGUUUCCACCUGGCUCGUCUGCCCGUGGAGCCUCACAUCGGCAAACUGAUCCUGUUCGGAGCUCUGCUGGGCUGCCUCGACCCCGUGCUCACCAUCGCCGCCUCGCUCAGCUUCAAAGACCCUUUCUUCAUCCCCCUGGGUAAAGAGAAGAUGGCAGACAUGAGGAGAAAGACCCUGUCCAGAAACUCAAAGAGUGACCACCUCACCAUUGUCAACGCCUUCCAGGGCUGGGACGAAGCCAAGCGCCGCGGUUUCAGGUAUGAGAAGGAGUUCUGCUGGGACAACUUCCUGUCAGCCAACACUCUGCAGAUGCUGCACAACAUGAAGGGUCAGUUUGCUGAGCAUCUUGUGCAUGCAGGCUUUGUCAGCAGCAAGGACCCCAGAGACCCCAAAUCUAAUGUCAACUCGGACAAUGAGAAGUUAAUCAAAGCGGUGAUUGCCGCAGGUCUGUACCCGAAGGUGGCCAAGAUCAGACCAUCGCACAGCAAAAAGAGGCCGGGGGUUAAGGUCUACACCCAGGCGGAUGGAAAGGUGAACAUCCAUCCGAAGUCGGUCAACGCCGAAGAGACAGAGUUCAACUACAAGUGGCUCGUCUAUCACCUCAAGAUGAGAACGAGCAGCAUCUUCCUGUACGACUGCACCGAAGUCUCCCCAUUCUCGCUGCUGUUCUUCGGAGGCGACAUCAGCAUCCAGACGGACGAGGGCCAGGAGACCAUCGCUGUGGACCAGUGGAUCGUCUUCAAUUCCCCGGCACGCAUCGCUCACCUCGUCAAGAGUUUAAAGAAUGAGUUGGAUUCCCUACUGGAGGAGAAAAUCCGUAACCCGGCGCCUGUGGACUGGCAGAACCGUGAGUCCAAAGACUGCGCUGUCAUCUCGGCCAUCAUAGAUCUGAUCACCACCCAGGAGACGCCUACAGGUGGCACUAAGAGCUACAACAGGCCGUGGGCGUCGGCCCCUAGAGGGCCACGGAUUCAAUUCAAUGACGAUGACGACGACGACGAUGAUUAGAAGUGGACAGCCUUUUGGCUGGCUUUGAAAAGAGGAGGAAUGACUGACUGCAUCCUUGGACCCAGAGGUUGGUUGAGAUAUUUAUGAUAACCAGCUGGACUCCUUCACACUGCUCUCUGGACGCUGGAGCACUGGAAGAUGGCGCGCACUUGAAUGACUCCUGUUUGCUGUCGUCGUCUACUUGGUCGUUAUUAUGCGAGGACCAAUCCAUGUUCAAAUACUCUACCGUAGCUGUUUUGUUUGUUUCAUUCGUACAUUUUUUGUUUUGGAUAAAUCACACUCUUGUUUUUUCAGCAAUGUCACAUAACAGA